AUGACGUUCCCCAAUCGCAUCACCUACCUGCUGUGCUCCCGAGAGAAAUCCCAGCAAACUGCGCUACUGACGGCUAGUGACGCUCCUAUUGCCAAUUUCGCCACAUUAUGCCAUGUGACGCCAGGCAGCGACCACGAGGAGAAGCCCAAGCUCGAGAACGACGACUACUCCGUCCACGACCACGCGCUGCUACCGCUUAUACACAAAUUCAUUGCCAUGAUCUCGCAGCCGGCGAAGCUCCUCGCUGCACUGGUAAUCGACUGCGACGGCAGAACAUCCAAGGAAACGUUUUGGGCCAAGGCGGCAGCGUAUCAGCACUCGCAACUGCAAGGGCUGUGCACCUCGUGGUAUCGAAUCAUGGAGGACAUUGACCUGUACGAACUCAGUCCGGCGGAUCUGAUGAUUUUGAAGGCGGCGGUGUAUUACUGGAGGUUAUGGCAGUACGUCUGCGCGUCAUGCGUCGAUGCCGUAGCCUCCAUCGAGGAGAGCGCGACAAGUCCGCCGCCCAAGCAGGAGUUGACGUCGUGGACGUCUCUGCUGCAGAAGCGCAAUGCUGCGUCCAUCUCUCCGCCGUUAGAAGACAAGUGCUCGGACGCGCUGUCUCAAGGCAUGAUUCUAUCGGGUGGCAAUGGCAUGGUCAAGCGUUCGCGCAUCAACCGGAAGAGUAACGAGUUUCUCAUCGCGUGGUUCCUGGCGCACAAGGAAAAUCCGUAUCCGUCUCCAGAUGAGCGCGUGGAGAUCGCUGAGAAAACGGGACUGGCCGAGCAGCAGGUACGUAACUGGUUUGCCAACAUGCGUAAACGUCACUGGAAGCCCAACCGUGCCAACACUAAGAAGCCGCGCUGCCUCGUGGACUACAUGCUGAGGCAGAGCGACUCCUGA